CGCCUAAUUUUUGCUUGUUUUUUUCCACACGAAUUUUUUUUUUCCAUUCAGUGUAGAACGCAAAUUCAGUUUUUUUUUUCAAGUUUGUUCAAUCAUGACUCAUUUGUUGAGAAGAAUAGCUACAACACCCUUAGUACGUGUUAGUGCACGCACUAUGCUACCAAGAAUGACUGUUGUUCCUAAGAGAACAUUCUUUGUCAAUGUUCCCAAGUUUGAUCGUAUUGCUGAUGCAGAAGAACAAAUCAAGAUUGGAUCUGACUAUAUGAACAAGGGAUCUAUUGAUAUGGCCAUGCAUAGUUAUCACAAGAGUGUACAAAUUGCCCCCAGUGGUGCUGGCUAUUUCAACAUUGGUGUCUGUUAUUUUCAAAUGGGUAAAUACAAGGAUGCUAUCAAAUCCUUUGAACGUUCUUUGGAAUACACACCUAAUUCAGCAGAUGCUCAUACCAACAUUGCCUCAGGCUAUUUAAUGCUUAAGGAUACAGCCAGUGCUAUCAAACACCUUGAACAAGCCUCUAAUUUCAAUCCAUUGGAUGGUGAAGUACAAUAUAAUCUUGGUUGUGUUUAUGAAGCUGUAGGUCGAUUGGAAGAUGCUAAAACAAGAUUUGAGAGAGCAGAUUUAGCAGGCAUCGAUAGAGCACAAAAAGCAUUAGACAAACUCAAGAAAAAGAUGGAAUAAAGAUCUUUUUAUUAUUAUUAUUAUUGUUAUUUUCGAAAAUUGCCAAUAGGAGCAGAUCGCAACACUCUAUAGAAACAGAGAAAUAAGCAAAAGUC